AUGCGGAAGAAGGCGGACCCGCAGAGGGCAGCAGAUACUGACUGCACAGUUGUCGCGGCGCCAAAAUGGCGGUACGUGCAGUGCAACAUCAAGGGGAUGCUGGCGAAAAGGGAAGAACAACGGGCCAACGGGUCGGCAGCGGCGGCAAAGACGAAGCAGACGGCGGGACGGACAGGCCGGGACAACAUGGAGGAUGGGAUCUCGGGCGACAGUCGCAAGGCGUCGUCGAGCGACAAGAACCACAUCACGCUGCGCAGCCGGCGCAUGCGCACGUCUGGAAGUAGCGAAAGCAGUGGACUUUUGGGCGGCCGUCUCUUGGCCGGCAACGAGCCGCCCGUAUCCACAAUGUUCCCCGUGACAGCUGUCACUCAAAGUGCCGCUUCGGACGUCGAGCAGCCGCAUGGCGCCUCGGCGUGCGACAAACGGCGCCAGUCCGCGGAGGAGGGGCUGAGCGUGUACAAGCGGCGCCGCAUGAGCUCCUUGCCGCCCGCCACGCACCCGCUCGCCUCGCUGCCCACCAAUGCCGUUAGGGUUAGCUCCGCUGCUCCGCCCGGCGGGGAACAGAGCGCGGGAAGCACGGUGAGCACGGCUGGCGCGGACGCAAAGGCGGAGUGGAGCAGCGGAGAGAGGGAAGCCGGCAGUAGAGACGCGCCUUCUGCGUCUGGCUUGUGCGCGCAAGAGCCUCAGACGCAGGGACAGGCGGACCCACAGGCAUGCGCACAGGCGUGCGAUGGUCGGCAGGCAAACGGGGAGUGGAUGGAGGCCGUUGAUCCCGCUGGUCCCGCGGUACUGGAGGUCGAGGUGGCGGGCGAGGUGGCGGUGGCGCUGCACCGCGUGCCCCCCCGCGCGCAGCCACCCGCGCGGCUUCUGCACCCGCCGGUGGCCUUUGAGAGCUCUGAAGAGCCAGCGUCCCUUCGCCCUGCUGUGUGCGUGGUGGAAGCGGGAGGGGGCGCGGAGGUAGCGGCCGUGGCGGUGCUUGCGGGGAGUCCCGUGGCGGGGCAGACAGGCAGCCCGCACGACUCGAGCCACGAGCGCGCGGACGGGGACUCGCUGGGGUGCGGCUCUGACUGCACCAUCUGCUUCCGCGCGUCAGGGGAAGGGGAGGCAGCUGCUGUGGUGCAGAGGUGUGAGGGGGACGCUGUUGACACACGCGCUGGAGGCGAAGUGGGCGGAGACAAGGAGAGUGGGGACAAGGGGAGGGACGCCGAUGGUGGGGACAAGGAGAGCGGUGGCACGGACGGCAGUGGGAAGGAUGGGGGUGCGAAGGUCGCGGCUACCAUGCCAGGGCCGAAUGGGGUCAUUCCCCAGGGGCCAGGCUCAUGUGGGCAAGCCUCCACUUCCCUGCCCGCCUUGUCCCCCCUUGCUCCCUUGCCCGACUCCCCUUCCCUUGCCCAUACCGGUUCAGGCGCACCCAAACCCGCGGGCGAGGCUGGCAGCCCGUGCGAAGCGGGCAGCCCUUGGGAAAUACCAGGGGCGGGCGGGCAGCAGAGGAGCGAGGGCAAGGGGGAGGGGGACGAGAAGGGCGGGUUGGAGGGGGGCGUGGGAGGGGUGCAGGCGAGUCAAGGGGUGGUGGCUGAGAAGGCUGAGGGCGUUUGUGGGGAGGUGAUGGAUACGCACGAGCAGAUGGGUGGGGAGACAGGAGACAGUGGGACCAGAGGAGUCACGACAGAGGACGAGAAGAAGGUUGUAGUGAGGGAAAGCGCUCUGAAAGACUUGGGCUCGGACGAGGCUGAAAUGAAAGUGCACGAGGCUGCUUUGGUGGCCAAGGCAGAAGGAAGUGACGAUGCUGGGGGAGACACAGGCAAGGCGAGCGUCGGCAGCAGAGAGAAGAAGGUUGGCAGCAGCGGUGGUGUGAAGAGAGAAGAUGAGGUGACGGUGAAGGCGGAGCGAUCAGGGAGUGAGGAUGGCGUAUUAAUGGAGGGGGAGGGCAGAGCAAUAAGAGGGAGUGGGAGUGAGGGAGGAGGGGCGGCGGCCAUGCUGGUGGAUGAUCCCGAGGAGGACGACCUCGCUUGCAGCAAGCGCCGCCUCUUCCCCGAUGCCCCCUCUCUCCCCGCUCCGCCUGCUGCCGCCCCCCGCCCUCCUCUUCCUCCUCUUCCCCACCUUGCCCCUGCAACGACUGUACCUGCAGUGGCAGCAGCGCGGGUACAGGUGAAGUGCGAGGCAGGUGAGAGCGAGGGUGUGCCUGUGAAACGGGUGGUCGUGACUCAUGCCGCUGCACCUGCCGCUGCCAAGGCUGCUGCCCAUGCACGGCUGGACAAGAAGGGGGAGCAGCAGGUGCGGGAUGAAGCGGAAGGAGGGGCAGCAGCAGCAGCAGCAGCAGCAGGGCAGAGUGAGAAGAGCCGGCUGACGCCAAAGCGGCGGCGGCUGAUAGAGAGCUACGUGUACUGGCCGCUGGACGAGCGGUGGUACGCGGGGCUGGUGUACGCGUAUGACGCGCGCACGGGCAAGCACCAGGUGCGGUACGACGAGAAGGAGAGCGAGUGGCUGCGCAUGUCUGCUGAACGCAUCAAGCUGCACCUCCCCCGCCACGACCCCCUCCUCGCUCUCUGCCCCACCCCCCCUCCCCCUGCUGCUGCUUCUGCUCCCCCCCCUGCUGCUGCUGCUGCUGCUGCUGCGGCUGCUACGUGUGCCAUGGCCCCCCUGGUGGAGGAUUGUGGGAAGGAGGAGGGCAGCAGGGAUGGCGGCGAGCCAGGGUGUGAGAGAGAGGAGGAGCAGGGGAGGGAGGAGGAAGGGGAGGACGAACGAAGCGGGGACGAGGGGGAGGAGGAUGAGGACGAGGAGGGGGGAGUGGAGUUGGUUGGGGAGGGAGGGAAGGCGGCAAAGGGUGGCAAGGGGAGGGGGUGGAGGGGCAGGCGGGGAUGGCAGGGGCGGGGGCAGGGCGGGCGCGAGCUGGCGGAGCUGGCAGCGAGCAUGGCGCGCGACAUGGACCCUGCGCGCGCUGCUGUGCUGGCCGCCGCCGCCAUGCUCUCCUCCUCCACCCGCACUGCGCCCAGAGACCACAGGGCCGCGGACCAGGGGGGCGCGCCCAAGGGCAAGGCGGAGGGAACGGGGGCGGGUGUAGGGGCGGGGGCAGGGGCUGGGGCAGGGGGGGGGGCACUGGAGGAGCUGAAGCUGGGGCGAUUUGGCGCCAAGGAGCUCGUGUGGGCUCGCGUCAAGGGUGAGCAUGGCUGGGGCGUGAACGGGGGGCACCCAGCAUGGCCGGCCAUGGUGUUGGACCCAACAGUGGCGGAGCGCGUGGGGCUGCGGGCAGUGAGGGAGGGCGGGGCGGGGGAGGUGCUGGUGCACUUCUUUGGCUCCUACGAGUGCAGCAUCGUCGCUGCCUCUGCCGCCUGCCCCUUCCUGCUGGGUCUCGCCAAGGGGCUGCACAACAAGAGCAAGGCCGCCUGCUUCAAAACAGCGCUCCAUGAAGUCGAAAGGUUCCUUCUGGUGGAGGAGCUGCCGGCGAAAAUGGCGUUCCUGCACGGGUCGGGGUCGGAGGAGGGCAGCGAGGAGGGCAGUGAGGAGGAGUCGGGCAGCGAUGGGAGCAGCGGGGAGGGCAGCGAGGGGGCGAGCGAGGAGGGCAGCGAGCGGCAGAGUGGCAGCGGGGAGGGCAGCCAGAGCAGUGGCAAGGAGGGGAAGGGGACAGCAGAGGUGGAGGAGGGGGAGGGGCAUGGGCACAAGGGGUCGAGGGCGGCAGGCAGCGGCGCGGGCAAGAGUGGGGUGGAGGUGGGGGGACGGGCAGCAGUGGUGGCAUGCAAGGUGGUGGAUGGGCGUGGUGUGGGGCAGGCGGGAGCGAGUUCAGGGGGGUGUGGGGAGGCAGAUGGGGAGGGGGAGGGGAAGGGUUUGGAGGCGAGGAGGAGUGGGGGGCAGGCAGUGGGGUCGGAUGCGGUGAUGGGGGGUGACUCCGCCACCACUGCCACGUCCCCGCCGUCCCUGCCCCUGCACAUCGGCUCCCUCACCCUGCUCUCCCUUGGUGCGCCCCCCUCCUCGCCCCUUUUUCUCAUUCGCUUCCUCCGAGCAGCUUCACCCCACUCCUCCCAUGCAUGUGCCCCAACCCAACCCAACCCAACCCUUGCGAAGCCACCUUUGCAGUUAGUGCCUGCCAUUGCUGCCCGCAUCCCGCGUGCCAUGCACCCAGCCACCCAUACCCUUGUCCAUCCACAGUCUCCUUGGCCCUCAUGCUGCCCUGUCCCACAACCGCCAAACCUCCCACACCUCCCCCUUCCCCCCGUGCCCACAGGGCGGGUGCUGCCGGGCGAGCCUGGCUUCCACACGGCGCAGCACAUCUACCCUGUCGGCUACAAGGCUGUGCGCCCCUUCCCCUCCGCCCAAGACCCGCGUGUGGCGGUGAAUCACGUCAUGGAGAUCCUUCACCAGGCGCCCCCUCCUCCUCCUCCCCCUCCUCCUCCGCCCCCCACUGCUGCUGCACCAGCGCCAGCAGCAGCGCCAUUUGUGCCCUCGGGGGAAGGGGCAUGGCGGCGCCCACAGCUGCGCCAGACACCACAGCGCAUGCAGCAGCAGCAGCCCAAGGGGGCCAAGAAGCCACAGCAGAAGAAGCAGCCGCCUGGCGCCUCCGGGACUGCUGGAAACACCCCAGUGCCCGGUGGUCCAAUCUUCCGAGUCACCCCGGAAGGCUCUGAUCCGGUGGAGGGUCCAUCGCCUGGCGAGUGCUGGCGCAUCAUCCAGAGGCGCGUGGCGGAGGCCAAGCGCCUGCUGCUGCAGCACCUGCACCCGCCCAGCACAGGCGCAGGGGAAGGGGCAGGCGCAGGUGCAGGGGCAGUUACGGGGGCAGGGACAGGGGGUGGAGGCAUGGGGGGAGGGGAAGGGAGGGCGCAGAGGGGCGGGCCGAUGAUGGUGCCGCUGUCGGUGCUGCUGCAGCGAGGCGAGAGCAGCAGUGGCGCCACGCUGCGUGCUGGGGCAGAGGCAGAGGGGGGCGGUGGUGGCAGGGGAGGCGCGGAGGCAGAGGGGGGUGAUGGUAGCCGGGCAGGGGCGGAAGCAGAGGCAGGAGGGGGUGAUGGGGGCAAAGCAGGUGCAGAGGCGGAGGAGCAAGAGAGAAUAGGAGCGGUAACGAGUGGUGGGGCAGGGAGGGAUGGUGGGGGCGGGGGAAGAGAGGGCGCUGUGGGGCAGGGAGGGGCGGAGGCGGAAGCAAUGGAGGUGGAUGGGGGCGGAGAGGACGAGAGGGGGGGCGCAGCAGCAGGCGUCCAAGGGGCCUCGGCCCAGCGGGGGAUGCCUGCAGGGGACCCUCUCCGGUGGGCCUUCCCCCCCGCCUCUGCAGCGCGCCCCCUCGCCGCCUCCCCCUCAUCCGCGCCCCUACUCACCCCCUCCCCCCUGCGGCCGCCGUGUCAGGCGCUGCCAGCACAAGGGGGAGGAGUGGGGGCAGCGCAUGGCAGUGGCAGCCCGCGGUGUGGGGGCGAGUGUGGCGGGGUGAGUGGGGGGUGGGGUGGCAGCGGUGGCAGCUGUGGCAGCGGGGGCAGCAGGGGCAGCGGGCGGUGUGGGGCAUGGCUGCCGUCACACCACGUGCGGUCGGGGGCACAGAUGUUCGGCCUCACACAUCCGCGCGUGGCGCAGCUCAUUCAGGGUCUGCCCAACGCCAGCCACUGCCAGCAGUUCAGUGCGUGGGUCAACGCCCCUCGCCCCGCGUCUGCUUCCAACACUGCGGACGCCAGCAGGGGCGAGAGGGCGCGGCAGGCCAGUGCGCCAGCGAAGCAGCAGGGGGAGGCGGCGCAGGGGGUGCGGGCGGGGGCUGUGGUGGUGAAGGAGUCGCGGCUGCCGGCGGGGUUCAAAGCGGUGGAAUACCGGCAGGCGUCCCUCGACCGUUGUGAUGUGUGCUGCCUCUCCGAGGUCAGUGCGUGCGCGGGGGAAGGGGGGUGCUUCUUCAAGGAGUACGAGGACGACCAGCUGCUGCAGUGCGACAGCUGUCGCAUCAUGGUCCACAUGGCAUGCUACGGCGUCAGAGAGCCGCCAGAUGGCGGGCUGUGGCUGUGCGACGUGUGCAGCAAGCACGAGCGGCAGGGCAAGCGCGAUGCCAAGCCCCUCUGCUGCCUCUGCCCUGUGCAAGGAGGGGCUAUGAAGCGGACGGUGCAUGGGCUGUGGGCGCACCUGGCAUGCUCUCUCUGGAUCCCAGAGACGUCGUUUGUGAACAUCAAGCGCAUGGAGCCCGUCACUGGCUUUGAUGACAUCCCCAAGGCGCGGUGGCAGCUGCGGUGUUGUGUGUGCCGCAUCCCCCACGGGGCGUGCAUCCAGUGUGCGGCAGGGCAGUGCUACACCGCCUUCCACCCGCUCUGUGCCAAACUUAAGGGCUACCCCAUGCUGACAUUGGACAUGAGUCAGGAGAGCAUGGACAGCAAGUCACCUGUCCCGUUGCUCGUCUCCCCCGUGCGCCCCUCGUGUGGGCAGACAUUGGACAUGAGUGAGGAGAGCAUGGACAGCAAGUCACCUGUCCCGUUGCUCGUCUCCCCUGUGCGCCCCUCGUGUGGGCAGACAUUGGACAUGAGUGAGGAGAGCAUGGACAGCAAGUCACCUGUCCCGUUGCUCGUCUCCCCCGUGCGCCCCUCGUGUGGGCAGACAUUGGACAUGAGUGAGGAGAGCAUGGACAGCAAGUCACCUGUCCCGUUGCUCGUCUCCCCCGUGCGCCCCUCGUGUGGGCAGACAUUGGACAUGAGUGAGGAGAGCAUGGAGCGCAGCCGACUGCAUGGCACGGUGGUGGGGUCCGUGGCUAUGAUCUGCUUCUGCCCGCGCCACCGCGCCCGCGCCAAAGCCCUCCACGCCACGCCCUCCCUUCCCCCCCACCCCUCCGCGCCCUCCCCCUCCCCCGAACCCACCGCCGCUGCUGCUCCCCCUCGCCCGCCCUCCCCCACCUCCGCGCCAGCCACAUCUGCUGCUGCUGCGGCCUCCCCCGCUCCCUCCGACCCACCCCCCAAAGUGCUCCCCAUGUCGCAGCUGCUCUGCCAUCCGCCCCCCUCAACCCCCUCUUCCCCUGCCGCCACCCCUGCUGCUCUGGGCAGUGGGCUGGCAGAGAGGGGGAGAGAAGGGAUGGGAGGGAGCGAAUGUGACAGAGAAGAGGGAGGUGGGGGUAGGGAGGGUGCGAGGGAGAAUGGGGGCAGCGGUGGUGCGAGGGCAGGGAAAGAGGGGAAAGGAGGGGAGAAUGAGGGUGGCAGUGGGAGUGGCAGCGAGAGUGGGUGGAGUGAGAGCAGUGGAACCGGAGGGGGUAGCAGCGAGGGCGGGUGUGAGAUGGACAGCAGCCGGCGGGAUGCACCGCUCGGUGGCAGGGCGGGCGGAGAGAGAGUGCUGUGCGCUCGAACAGAGCCCUUUGACGCACGCAUACGAAGGGGGCGCAGGGAGCCGGACGCGGUGGCGGCCUUUUUGGCGAAGCGGUCGUUUCUGGAGAACGUGCCCUUCGCCAUCUGCGGCCGCCGCCAGGAGCAGCGCCGCGUGCACGGCCCCUCUGUGGUGGAGGCGGUGCGAGCACACAUGCAGCACGCUGCCUCCCACCCCGCCCAGGAGCAAGGUGCAGAGGACGAGCACGUGGGCGUGGUGGGGGAGGGGCAUGGCAGGGCAGGGCAGCAGGAGGUGUGCCGUGAUGCUGAAGGCGUGAGGGACGUGGGGCCGGGGGGUGGUGUGCAUGUGAGCAGGCUGCGGCGGUUGCUGCACUCGGGGCUGGUCGGCGGCGUGGACGGGCAGGAGGGGCAGGCGGGCAGCGGGGAGGGCGAGGUGCGGUCGAUGUCGGACCGCUUCCGCCGCAUGAAGUCCACCCAGCAGCAGCGCCUCGCCUUCGGCAAGUCAGCCAUACAUGGGUGGGGUGUGUUCGCCAAGACGCCUCAUCGGGCUGGAGACAUGAUCAUAGAGUACGGAGGCGAGGUGGUGCGGCCAGUGGUGGCAGACUUGAGGGAGAGGCGCUGCUACGACUCACUCGUGGGAGCGGGCACGUACAUGUUCAGAAUCGACAGCAAGCGAGUGGUGGAUGCCACCAAGGCGGGCACCAUAGCGCACCUCAUCAACCACUCCUGCAACCCCAACUGCUACUCGAGGGUGGUGCAGGCGAGUGCGGAGGAGCGCAUUGUCAUCUUUGCCCGCCGGGACAUCAUGGCUGGCGAGGAACUCACCUACGACUACAGGUUUGACUCGCAGGACGAGCAGCUGGCGUGCAACUGUGGCAGCAGCGGGUGCCGUGGCGUGGUGAACAUUCUGAGGGGCGACGAUGAUGAUGCGGAUGGCGACGUGGCCAUGUGGGCCCCUCGCAGCGAGCUGCUGCCCUGGCAGCCCCCCACCGCCCCCCUGUGA